GCAGCUCUGCCUACUGUUGACUUCGACUGUACUCGAAGCGUCUGUCAACUACACCUUAUUGUCUGUCAGCAGAUGCGCAUGAAUCACAAUUCCCGUACUCUUCAUCGCAUAUGAACGGAAUGAUGCUCACACAGACAUCCGCGCUCCCACCUCCAGCUUCCCCGCCGCCGUACCUCAAUUACAACGCACACAUCUCACAUCACUCCGCCGUCCAGGUCCGGCCAAAGCAACACCUCACUAACAAGCCAACUUUCCACAUACGAAGAGCCAGCCUGCAAGAUGCACCUGUUAUUGCCCAACUAGGCGCAUCGGUCUUCGCCACGACUUUUGGUUUCUCCAUUCCCACCAGCGAUCUGGAUGCCUACCUCGACGAAGCUUAUAGUGUAUCCGCCAUCGAAGCAGACAUCUCUAGCUCGACUAAACAUGUCAUCGUCGCAUGUGCCCCAGUUGACGGUCAUGUCGUCGGAUUCGCGCAAUUGACCGAGGGCACGACAGAGCCCUGCAUCGAGGACCUAGAUCUGGUUGUGGAACUCCAGCGUUUAUAUGUCCAUCCCGACUAUCUCGGCAUGGGAGUAGGCAGAGCAUUAACCAAGGAGACUGAAUCAAUGGCGAAGGAAAUGGGUUACAAAGUCCUGUGGUUGGGUGUCUGGGAGGGCAAUUUUCAAGCCCAACGCAUCUACGAGGCUAUGGGUUUCUCCAGAGCUGGAGAUCACGAGUUUCAGAUGGGAAGGUGUAUCCAAACCGACUGGAUCAUGUGUAAAAAUUUAUGACUAGCACGGGUUGAUUGUGCUUUGGUUUGGCCGACAUGGGCUUCAGCAUGCGGCGUCCGCGCAAGGGCGUGGGUGCGCAUGCGUUCGGCGCUUUGGGUUGCAAAUGACAAUUCUGCACGCCCUUGGUGACAAGUGAAUAAUUUAUCAACAGCAUCUCAUCUAGAGCACGCCUUGAGAUGAAAAUUGGUGACAUAGAUUGUCAUCCAAUAUAGAAGGACACGAAGGAUUUCC